AUGGGCGAUUAUGUCGAGGCUCGUUCGUUGGCUUCACUCAACGCUCUAGCCAGCAACCCGCCACAGUAUCCUACCAAUCCGGCCGAAAAGAAGCAGGAGCCCUUGACUCUUUACAUCUCCAGGGUACCUGGCACGAGAGAUGUCAUUCUGUCGACCUUCAAGCCCCAGGUCAAGAAUGUUACGGCAGAGGACGUCGCGAGCUCAUUGUACUACGUUCAUCUCGACACGCCAGAAGAUGAACAGCUCAUGAACAUAUCCCCAGUCGACAUUCCGUCUAGGCCGAGCCUGGAAAGCUCCAGGAGCGGGAACUUGAUCAACCGAAAACCAGUACCAGGUGCCCCUCAUGUGUCUGCCUUGGGUAAACUCGCAGAGCCUGCCGCAUGGACACCCGGAACUCUCCCAGGAGCACCGGGAGCACCAAACGGCAAAGAGAAUCACCCAUUUGAUGCUCCGCCGCCAGUGCCGCCUCAUUCGUCUGGCUUAUCUCACGCAACACCUGCGGCUUCAUUGGCGCCUCAAAGGCCACCCCAACCUGCCAUCCACAGAAAACCUAUUGGCUCUAGACCUGUCACGGUUGAUACUCAAGCCAAACCCCCUGAGCCGCCCCCACGCGAGUAUCUGAAUUUGCCCCCUAGGCCGGACGAGAUCGAUGACCACCCAGAUUACGGAACACAUCUCACAGCGGACCCCGGAGUGCUAAGACCAGGAAGCCGCUCACCAUCCCCCUCGAAAAGGAAACCAUUUACCCCGUUCUCCCUCACGCUCAUCCGCCGUGAUCGCAGCUCCGGGCAGCAAUGGAAUGUGGGAAAGAUAGGUUCAUUCCAGCUAGAACACCCAGAGCAGAUCCCAGAGGACAAGUACGCACCCUCGCCAUCAAUCAACAUCCACCUGGAGACACCAGGCUAUUCCAAAUUCCGUGGCAUGCCGCCGCCGGGAGCCACGUUCGAUAUCAGGGAUAUUAGAGAGAGCCUCGACAUGAUGCGUCCGGGCAACUCAACUGCCCCCGGUGCAGCUCCAUCGCCACCACAACGGGCUCGUGACAAGCCAGUGGAUUCCACACCGCAGUCCCACUCAUCUCCCAUUUCCUCCCACGUCUUUGAGCGCCAAGUCAAGAUGACCUACGCACCGUCGUGGACUUCUAACAUUCGCAACGCAUUUCGUCGGCCGCAAUCUCGCGAAGGCGACAUGUCCACAUCUCCUCGACGUCCCGCUCACGACAGGUCUGGCAGCGUAGCCUCCAUCGGUUCUUUCGGUGGCGAUUUUGACGGCGGCGAGGCACCAGUACUUACCGUGCCCGGCCAUGGACUCAAACCGCAAGGCUACAUGUUCACGAGUCCGUGGGACGGGCGCUGUGAGUUCCGGACCGGCAACGGCGGGCGCAGUCUUCGAUGCCGACACGUCCUGCCCACGCACGGCACCCAAUGGAACCCACUUGCGGACGGUGGUGCGAAUAUGGAACUGGCCGGCCCCGAAGGCAGAGGACACCGCCGCAACGGCUCGAGGAGUCCCAAAGCCAAGGGCAACGAUAUCUCGGAGCUGCGGUUCAACCUUCCAUCAGCGGAGCUGUUCAAUACGAAACCCGCGGAUUCCAACAGGCCUGCCGGCCUCCACGAGGCACGCGAGCGCACCAGGGAUAAGAUACUGAACGCCAUGACGAAUAAGUCAGAGGACGACGUCGACGACGACGAGUACGAGUAUCUCGGGUUCGACCUCAGCCUCGGGCGGGAGAAGGCCGGCGGCGGCAACAGGGGCAAGCGGGCCAAAAUGGGCAAGCUGAUCAUCUGGGAAGAGGGCCUCAAGAUGCUGGAUCUGGUGGUCGCAGCAAAUAUAGCGGGGCGAACGAACUCUCGCAAGACUGCCAUCGCCUCCGAGGUCUUCUCUUACCACACGGCAGCAUCUCACCUGCGAAUGACCUCUUCUUCUUCCUCCCCAAAUAUUGCAGCCAUGGCAUCCACAACUGACAGUACUUCCUGUGCCAGCAAGGGUAACUCCACCGAUUGCCUCCUUCAGAGCUUGAUCGACGUUGUCGGCGACCAAAUCGCAGCCGAGAAUGCAAAGACUGACUGGGACCCAAUCACCUUCGCCUUCACCGUUCCUGUCGGCAUCUUCGGGAUCUGCGCCACGUUAUUCGCGCUGAUCACGGUUCUCCAGGGUAUCUUCGCAGCCAGUCCCGGUCGUCGGAAGUCCAGCCGGCUUGUCAUCGGCAGGUAUGGUUCUUGGAGUAAACACGUUAUCAAAUUGUGGGAGUUGAGGACAUACACUUACGCAUUAACCCCAAUCUUGCGAGCCGAUAGGCUUUACACUAUCUUGGAAAAGGCAGAGAAAGUGGGUGAUAAUGCUGGCAGCGUUUACGGAGACCGUGAGAAACAUAAGCCAUUCCGCUAUGCCGUCACACAGCAGCUUCUUGCUCUGCAGAAGGCCGUUGGGACUCUUUUAUCAAAACGUUUCUUUACAGGGCAGGACCGAACAAAUGAAGAUGGUUCAACCUCUGAGAGACCUUUGCGUCAUUAUUGGAAGCCAUUUCAACAACUUAAGCGUCGAAGACGCAAAGGCUGGGCCGGAUGGACAUUUAAAGACGACACUCUAAAUACCCCUGUCACCGAAGCUUCUUGGCUCCAAUUUCUCUCCCUCUUUAACCUUGUGGACCUCGAACUAGAGGGACCUGACCUGGCCGUCACAGCUGCAGAUUACCUUCCAGAUGACUUGCGGGCUGUCCCUGCUUAUGCGGACGUCCACACCAUCAUUGCAUUGGCAGGAGUUGCAGGUGUCCGGAAUCUCGAACCCGAGACAGGGUCAUCCUACCCGAUACUGAUCGCCAAAGAGUUCCAGGUCGACUUCCGUCAGCACCCAAUUCUAGGUACGGCAGCGGCAUUCUCCAGCUCCAGCCUCUUCAGUUCACGACUGAGCCCAUUGCAUCGAGGCCUUAUGGCCGCACUCAAACAUGCCAAUGGCCAUAUCGAAAUUCAACCACGGAAUACAGCAUCAGAAACUCCAGGAUCGCAUACCACCGCUGCAGAAUUUAUUAGUGCUUUUGGAUCCAUAAGGUCCACUAACACCAAUGACAUCAAGGCUAGUCUCCACAGACAUCACGACCAAAUGAGCACUUGUGGUACGGACUCGCUCUGUAACUGUUCUCUUCUCUACGAUAGUACACAUACCGACAAUAUUCUGUGGCUAUUUCUUGCAAAGACUCCAGAAGAGGCGCCUGCAGUCUUCCCGUCUCGUGGGAUCCCUUUACACACGUAUCUCACAACACUUUGUCUGCAAAGCAAGUUUUGGUCGGAAGACAGGGAAUACCAGACUUUUUCUCGUCUCGUCUCUGGGAGAAAUGCGCCAGUCUCCCAGAACGACAACAGGAACCACAAUGACUCGUAUCGUAUGCCCAGGUACGGUGUCCAUAAGCUAACAACGGAAUUUCUUGGACCCGGCGUUGAUGUUAGGGACGCCUUUUCCGCUUCCCUGGACUUUCUUCACGGUGAUGAUAGCUUGGAGAAUAUAAUGGUCGCGUUGAAUCGAUCGAGUGUACAAAGAGUCUUGGCAAUACUGGAUGAAACUCUGAGAAACAAUUCAGGCAUCUCAGAUUCCCUGCAAGGGUGCCAGAGAUCCAUGCUAUGUCUAACGACAUCUUUACUCUUGAAAAUCGAGGAUGAUGAGGACAGGAAGCUUAAAGAAAAACGAUAUCACGUUCGAUAUUACGGAAGCGAUUACAUUUAUUGGAUGCCGUCAACAGUCUUUUGA